CCUCCUGCGGCACAAGUAAGUGGAAAGGGUGUUUCUGUGGCCAAAUUUCUCAAUCACAUUUUGACCAGUUGGAAGGCAGCCACUGGUGAACGUGCACAAGUCGCACAAUUGGUCCAAGACCUUAUUGACGAUAAGGUUUCUUGUGAUGUCUUCCUUGUCCAAUUGUAUUUCCACUUGAAAGCUUCAAGGAGACAAGAUGUGGACAAUUUAUUCUACACUGGUCUCCAUCAACUUCGAAUGGACUUGAUUAAUGGAACUGCAGUGAUUGCUAACAUCAGACCUCCCAAUCCUAAUGUGCUUGUGGGAGCCUCAGCUAUAACCACCACCACCACCACCGGCAGUACAGUAUCGCAAGCUGCUCAACCUGCAACAAUUCAUACUCCGUCUCACUCCUCUGCUUCUCACAUUCUUCCUCGACCUCCACCUCCUGUUGUGCAUAAUCUUCCCCCCAAUUCCACUUUUCAACUCACCACUUCCUCUAAGCCCAUCCGUUCUGCUCCCUUACGGCCAAUCGCUCCACGUUUACAUACUUCUCUUUUCUCUCCACGUGCUGCAGUCACCAAUUCUCCUAUUCCUAACCGACCACUCCGACGUCUCCGACCGCUCCGACCUCUCCAACCAGCGCCUAUAAUAAAUAACACCAACCGUCCACAACUCCGUCUUAAGCCUCCUACCAAUCACUCCACUGCUCUCCCCAUUGCUCCAAUACCCCUUACUCAAUUGCGUUUGAUUUUCCCCUCCCCUCUUCCUUCUUCAACUCCUCCAACCACCUCUUCAUCAGCACUACCCGCGACGAACUCUACUCUCCUUCCUCCCACUUCCCCCUUCGUGCCUACUCAUACUACCCUGUCUUCCUCAGCUAACGUGUCUUCCUUCUCUUCUUCUACUUUUUCCCCUUCUUGCAAUCCAAUGUCCUCACCUCAACCGACUGCUUGCAGUCAACUAAAUCAACCUUUCUUCCCUGUCUCUCAGAUUCGACUCUUUCUUACUUCCAAGUUGCCACCUAACGAGGUGGCUUCCCUCACGGAGGAUUCCUUGAAUUGUAUGGCGCAUGGCUUGAACACUCUUCUCAGGACCUUACUCACUCGUAUCUCUCUCGUAGCUGGCCACAAGGCCACCAAAUUAGCCGAUGAUCCUCAUUUGGAGCAAGUAGAUCAUACGAGGGAGCAAAUUGGCUUUGUACAGAGGAUGCAUGAGUUCGAUCAGGAGAAACGGUGUGAGCUUCAAAGGGAAUUUAUUCUCAAGGCUGCGAAGGCAAGUUUUACUCGAAUACGCAAUGAGAAUUCCGAACAGGCCAAAAUACGGGAGAUGGCGACGCAGCUAAAAAACGAGAAGGACGAGCGUGAACGUCAAGAGCAGGCCAAUUUUACAGCUCUUUCAGCUAUUGGCACUUUGACUAACAAGCGACCCCGUCUCUCGAUGAACCUGCCAAGCAGUGAACAAACCAUAAUCACCACUGGUGGUAAUCUCAGCAACAAUCUCAACUCAGCUACCAACGCUGCUACAGCCACAGGUUCCACUGGUUUCUCCCUUAUCAAUUCUACAUCUUCUCUGCGUUUGGUUCAACCUUCUUCUUCAAGUAAUCAGAUUUCAUCUACACCACGUUUUAAUCUCGCCGCUUCGUUACGUGCAAGGCGAGCUGGUUUGCGUGAACUCCAGGUUGUUUUGAACAAGGAUAGGCGUCUGUGUCGGUCUCGAGCUCUAUGUCGAACCUACUGGCAUUGA